AUGAACAACAAAUUGUGUGAGCUAUACAAACUAAUUCAGCAACCUGAUCAUCAAAACUCUGUUACAUUAUUCUGUCAGUCAAAGGAAAUUCAGUGGAAAUUCAUUCCACCUGCUUCGCCUCAUCAUGGAGGGUUGUGGGAAUCGAAUAUAAAGUCUGCCAAGGGUAUUCUAAAUAAGGUUACAAGAGACAUGUGCUUUACCGCGGAAGAGCUAAACACCUUGUUUUGCCAAAUUGAAGCGAUUAUAAAUUCAAGACCACUUCAAGCUGUCUCCAUGGAUACCACUGAUUACACAGCUUUAACCCCUGGAAACUUUCUUAUAGUUAGGCCUCUUCUAGCUUUGCCUGAACCAGAAUUAACAGAAGUUCCUAUGAAUCGUUUGACAAGAUGGAACUUCAAGCUUUUUUUCUAG